CCGCGGAUGUGAAUAAAGUCAGCGCGCUUUCUCUCACCAGCACUCACCUUGUCCUCCUUAACGAUGUUGGGAGCCCUCCGCGCCGCUGCGCCCCGUGCUGCUACGUCUCGCAGCCUGACCCGCGCGUUCCAUAGGAAUGCGCCGGUCGAUGGCUUCAAUGGCGCUGUCGGGAACACGCCCCUCAUUCACUUGAAGACGUUGUCCGAGCUGACCGGUGCGACUAUCCUCGGGAAGGCGGAGUUCCAGAACCCGGGUGGUAGCGUGAAGGACCGCGCUGCGUUAGGCAUCGUUCGCGAUGCGGAGGCUAAGGGUCUCCUCAAGCCCGGCGGGACCGUCGUCGAGGGCACCGCGGGCAACACGGGCAUCGGCCUCGCGCACGUCUGCCGCGCGCGCGGCUAUAAGCUCGUCAUCUACAUGCCCAACACGCAGUCGCAGGAGAAGAUCGACCUCCUGCGCAUGCUCGGCGCGGACGUGCGGCCCGUGCCCGCGGUCGCGUACGAGAACCCGGCGAACUACAAUCACCAGGCGCGCGAGUUCGCGGAGGCGACGCCGAACGCGGUGUGGACGAAUCAGUUUGACAACACGGCGAACGCGCAGGCGCACUAUGUGACGACGGGGCCGGAGAUUUGGGCGCAGACCGAGGGGACGCUGGAUGCGUUUGUGUGCGCGACGGGGACGGGCGGGUCGUUGGCGGGGACGGGGCGGUACUUGAGGGAGAAGAGCAAUGGGCGCGUGCAGAUCUGGCUGGCAGACCCGCCGGGCUCCGUCCUUGCCAGCUAUGUCAGCAGCGGCGGCAAGCUCAUGGAGCGCGAGGGCGGCUCGAUCACGGAGGGCAUUGGCCAGGGCCGUAUUACUGACAACACCGCGACUAUCAUCAAGGACGUGACCGGCGCCUUCACCGUCCCAGACACGAAGAGCAUCGCCAUGCUCUACCAGCUCCUCGACUCUGAGGGCCUCUACCUCGGCGCCAGUUCCGCACUGAACGUCGUCGCGGCGGUCGAGGUGGCACAGAAGCUUGGGAAGGGCUCGAAGGUGGUCACGCUCCUGUGCGACGGCGCGUACAGGUAUCAGAGCCGCCUCUUCUCGAAGGCGUGGUUGAAAGCGAAGGGGCUCGAGGAUGCGAUCCCGGACCACUUGAAAAAGUACGCAGUGCUGGAUUAGACACCAUCUGUAACGGUCUUGUAUAUUAUGGGUAUCCACAUAUUUCUAGAGGUCA